GUCCAUUAAUGCCAAAAUGGGGCUUUUCCAUUGACUUUUUUUUGCUGUAAAACACAAUUUCACCAAUUCCCAAUUUGGCAAUUUUUAAGAAUCGCAAAUAGACGAAGAAUAUUUUCCCAGUGACCUUGCAAGUCGUAAACUGGAGCAAUUGCGGCUAAUUCUUGGAAACCCCAUGUUGACAAUGGCAGAGUGAAUUUAGCUAUUUUUUCAGGGUUUUAUUUGCAGUUUUCUUUUCAGCCAUUAGUAUACAAAUAACACCACGUGCCAAAAAAGAGCUGAUGAUUCUUUCAACAACGUCCAAAAUUCCAGAUUCUUGGUAUAGCGUACAAUGUAAGCUUCUUGGUGAUUAAGACAACGUGGGUUUAGCUAAUUAAGUUAAAGGCUAUCAAAAGAGCAACGGCAGACACAAGAAUUAAUCUGAAGUGAAGCCAUGGAAACACUCCCUCAGCUCCCUGAAGAUAUUAUUGUCAACAUACUGUCCAGGCUGCCAGUCAAAUAUCUGAUACAACUCAAGUGUGUAUCCAAGCCAUGGUUGUCUUUGAUCUCUGAUCCUCAGUUUGCCAGACUACACCUUGCACAGUCAAAGAAGAAUAACAUAAGCCAGAGGGUACUUCUUAUCACUCAACCUCUUGAAUCAGCAGCCUGUGAAGCUUCUGAUAAUGAUCUUGAUGAUGAAAGCAAACUAAUAUUUGAGCUUAAGUAUCCAGCAGCAAUGAAGAAGACUCCUGACUCUGAUGAAUUGGUGGGUUGGCUUGGUUUAGGAGGGUCUUGUGAUGGCUUGAUAUUUGUAGUCUUGGGGCAUGAACGCAUCUUCUUGUGGAAUCCAACAAUUAGAGAAGCCUUGGAAUUGGCAAAGCUCCGUCCUUUUGAUCCAAAGGGUACAAUUUCUUAUGGUCUUGGCUAUAAUUCCUCAACUGAUGAUUACAAAGUAGUUAGAGUCACCGCUAUUGCUUCUAAUGAAACUGAAGUUGAAGUUCUGGAAUUGAAAACUAACAUCUGGCGAAGGAUUCAGGGUCUCCAAUCUGGCAUAGAAACAGAAGCAGGAGGGAUUUUUCUCCAUGGAGCAUUGCAUUGGUUAGCAUCAAGACAAACUGGUCCAAAAAAGAUUUACGUAAUUGUUGCAUUUCACAUGGUAGAAGAGAAAUUCUAUGAACUGGUGCCAAUACCAGAUAAUAUCAAAGAGAGCAAACAUGAUUUGCUGGUUUUGGGGAUUUCAGGAGAUUGCUUAUGUCUGUUCAAUGGGUGCGGUAAUGAAACUGUUUUGGAGGCAUGGCUGUUGAAGGAAUAUGGCGUCAAGUCCUCAUGGACUAGGUUGUUCUGUGUUCAUAGAGAAACCUUGCAUGGACAUAAACACUGGGAGAAUGCGCUAUGCUAUACAAAAACUGGUAAAGUUGUAAUAGAUUAUGAUGGGAGGGAAUUAGUGUGGUAUGAUCCGAAGGAAAAGACAUCAAAAACUUUUACUCCACGCAAUGAAUGGGAUUGGUUUCAGCCUGCUAUCUAUAUAGAAAGCCUGGUUUCACCACAUUGUUGUUAUGCUACCAAUAGACACAAUGACAAAUUUGUUUGAGGUAUAAUGGACCUAUUGUGUGGCUUGGACAUCACAUCAUAAGCAAGAGAAACCUAUCAGGGAAAGGUUAACAAAUGGGGGCAAUGCCUGCUCUGAGAUAUGUAGAAGUUUUCCUUGUUCAAACAUGAAUAAGUAGCUAUGAAUUUGAAUUCUCUUUCGUCUAUAGUAGCGUCUUAAUUUGAUAAAAGCUGCAAAUCAUCUAUGUUGAAACCUUCUUUUAAUGUUUAGAACCAAAAUUAUUGGAAGUCAGUUGGCUUGAUGGAACUGAA